GUGCCGGGGUGCACCCUUGCCCGCACCCUGCCCGCACCCUGCCCGCAGCCUGCCCGCCCGGAGCCCGGCGCGAUGGCGAGGGGGCAGCUGUCGGGGGGUGCCUGGGGGGCCCUGGUGCUGCUGGGGCUUAUGCUGCCGGCGGCGCCGGCGGGCGCCUGGUACAAGCACGUCGCCAGCCCCCGGUACCACACGGUGGGGCGCGCCUCGGGGCUGCUCAUGGGCGUCCGCCGAUCCCCCUACCUCUGGCGCCGGGAGCUGCCGGCCGAGCCCCCGCGCCGCCCCGGGGGAGCCGCGCCCGCCGCUGCCCCGCCGCCCCCGGGCCGCCCCGCCGGGGAGACCCCGCCGCCCGCCCCGCAGCCACCGCCGCCCGGCCCCGGCCGCCUCCUGCAGCGCCUGCUCCGGCGGGGCUGGGGCUGGGGCGGCCCCCGCCCGGCCCCCGCCCGGCCUCCGCCCGAUCCCCGCGGAGCUCAGCUUCUCCCGCUUGAAGACGUGGCUCUGAUCCGCUGAAGGAGAUGCUUCAAGCGCCAGAGGAGCAUUGACUGCCCGAGGUGGGGACCGUUCACCCUAGCUGGCGAGGAAGAGUCUCAUCGGCGGAUCUCCUGGUACUCUGACCUCUCUGAAACCAUAUAGACAAUUGCAUUCCAAAAAAAUCUGAUUUUUCGUGGCCGCUGUCCGGACGCAGUGGUAAAUUCAUCUUGUUUUCAGGUCAACCUAGUGCUAUAAACUUGGGGAGAAAUAAACAGGGAAGAUAUUUAUUUUUGUUUAUUUUUUUUAGAUUUCUGUACUAGCUUGUUUGCAAUAUGAUACAAACAUGUACUGUUUGCUUCCUAGGAACCUGCCCUCAUUAAAAUGAGAAUUGA